AUGGACGACAACAACUUCAUGUACCAAUAUUUAGCUGAAAUUGAGGAACCUGAUGAGAGUGAGAGUGACUUCUAUGUCCCAGAUUAUGAUGAUCAAGAAGAGGAUGAUUCCAACUUCAUUUACAUCAUCAACACAAUCUUAAGUGGCACCGCUCGUCUCAACGUCCUCUUACCCACUGCCACAAUCCUUGCAUUCACCAUAUUUGCACCUAUAUUAACCAAUGAUGGCCAAUGCAACAAGUUUGAGCAAUGGAUGACAGCGAUUUUCUUGGUCAUAUCGGCUGUUUCUUGCGUGUUUUUCUCGUUCACUGAUAGCUUCAAAUCGGCUACUGGGAGAUUGCAUUAUGGGGUGGCAACUUUUAGUGGCAUUUGGACUUUUAAUGGGAGGAGGAUUAAGCCUUGUGUGCCAAGAGAUUAUAGACUCAGAUGGUCUGAUAUCUUCCAUGCAUCACUUUCAUUGAUUGCUUUUCUUACCUUUGCAGCAUCACACAGUGAUGUGCUUCAGUGUUAUCAUUUUGUUGUUCCAAGAAAGGCCGUCAAUACCGUUCCAUUGGUGAUUGGAUUUGUCAUUAGUCUUCUUUUUGUGAUUUUUCCUUCUAGGAGAAGAGGAAUUGGGUAUCCCUUCUUGUUGCAAAGUGAUAUAUAA